UUUGUUCACUUUGUUAUUGAGGUUCUCAAUGAAAGUAAAGCGCACUUCUUCUGAUAUGGAGGAUAGUUCUAGAGGUAGGAAUAAGAAGCCAAGAGCAAGAAGGAAUGGACGUGAAUCAGUAGAGGACACCAUUGAGAAGUGGAGAAGGUACAACAACAACAGCCAAGUUCGGUUCAGUGAAGAAGAUAAUGGCCUCCAAAGGGUUUCUGAGGUUCCUGCCAAAGGUUCCAAAAAAGGGUGUAUGAGAGGGAAAGGAGGGCCUGAGAAUUCUGGAUGCAAGUAUAGAGGUGUAAGGCAAAGGAUAUGGGGGAAGUGGGUGGCUGAAAUCCGACAACCCAUCAACGGUGGUCAUCAUCUUGUGAGUAAAGGUAACAACAGGCUCUGGCUAGGAACUUUCUCUAAUGCCAUUGAUGCAGCUCUUGCUUAUGAUGAGGCAGCAAAGGCUAUGUAUGGUCCUUACGCUCGCCUCAAUUUUCCCCAUCACCAUUCCAAGGGAUCGGUUGAUAACUCCAGCAACAAAGCGUCUGCUUUAUCCACCAUCGAGAUAUGUUCAAUCGAGUCUAGUUCGACAUCCGAUUUCAAUGAUGACAGAGCCAAAAAGGAAUCAAGUACUACUUAUGAGUCCCCUGCAGUACAACCUGUUGAAGAAUCAAAGAUAUUCCUAGAAGGUAAUUCGACACCAAAUGGCUCCAAUUCUAGAUGUAAUUACCUAUAUAAUGAAGACCAAGAUUCGGGCAUUUCGAUUUCUGAGUUGGAGCCUUGGAAGGAUGUUAAAGCAUAUAUGCCGAUUCAGAUAUCUAUUGUAAGCCUUCAAGUGAAAUGAAAGCAGAAGUGGAGGUUGAUGAUUUUUAUAACUACAACAGUUUGGGUAACUUUUAUGAUGAGCCCCCAGAUUUGAGCUGCCAGCAACAACUUAAUACUCCAUCUGUUGGUGAUAGCUUUAACGACUUCAAGAACAAAUCAGAGUGUAUGGAUGGUUUGUUAGCCGAUGCGAAGCCUUUUGCCUUAAUUAAGGAAGAAAAAUAUUAUAAUUCUGAUCGAGUUGAUUCUUCUUCUUCGAGCUACAUUCAAAGACAUGGGAAUGACUUGCCCUUCAACCAUGAUGAUGAGAUAGGCUUUGGUUUAGAUUACACUAUGGACUUUUUGACACCCGAGGCUAAUUUGGGCUUCCUAGAAGCCAUGAAAUUCAC